CUUUAAGGGUUUAUUAUAUUUUAUAUAAUACAAGAAAUGUGUGGUAUUCUUUGUGAAAUCAUUAAGUUUCAAAAUGCACCAUCGAAAACUAGUGAGGACACGGAAGUUCAAAGUCGAAUACAAAGAAGAGGACCGGAUCACAUGUCUUCUGUUCAAUAUUUACCCAAUGAUAACCUAACUUUGUGGUUCUGUGGAUCAGUGCUGUGGAUGCAAGGCAAGCAAUUAACUCCACAACCAAUUGAAAAUGAAUAUGGCAUACUUUUAUUUAAUGGUGACAUAUUCGAUGAAACAUGGAACACCGCUAUUGCAAGCGACACACACCUUUUAAUGAAUCAGCUGACUAAGGAGUCUACAUGCCAACACAUAAUAUCUGUGAUUAAAGGAUUGAAAGGGCCAUUCAGCUUAGUAUAUUAUUGUAAAGUGUCACAACUUUUGUAUUUCACAAGAGAUAGGAUUGGAAGAAAUUCAUUAUUGAUACACAAUUCGGAAGACACUACUAUCAUAGGUAGUGUACUUGGAAGGAAAUAUAGUGCUGCUGAGAUUCCUGCUAGAUUAAUUUAUAAAUUAGACUUAAAAACUGAUAUUAUUACAACAUACAACUGGCAUGAUGAUCAUUGCUUUGAAUAUUCCUUUUUGAAGUGGUUGGAAACUGUACACAAAGAACAAAGUUCACCUGAUGAAGCUUUCACAUUUGACCUUAAUGAAGCAGAAUGCAACAAUAGUGGAGAGAAUAUAGAGGAUAAUGUCAUCACAUUUAUAGAAGAAAUAUCCCAGAGCAUUACUGAAAAGCAUGAUAUAUUUAAACAUAUUCUAGAAAAUAGUGUAAUAUUAAAUACAGUUUGUAAUUUAACUAAUUUAUUGGAAAAGAGUAUCAAGAUCCGAGUCCAAACACAGCCACUAAAAUGUAAGAAUUGUAUAUCUCUAGAAACAGACACAUGUAACCACAGUGCAACAGGAAUUCUAUUUUCUGGUGGUCUCGAUUGUACUAUACUUGCUUUAAUUGCUGAUAAGUAUGUACCUAAAAACCAAUCUAUUGAUCUUCUGAAUGUCGCUUUUGAAUCUAAAAAAGGCCAGUUGUAUGAAGUUCCAGAUAGAUUAACUGGCAGACAAUCUUUUGAAGAACUUAAGAAAAUUUGUCCAUUGAGGACAUGGAUUUUUCGAGAAAUUAAUGUACCCAUUCCUGAAUUGAAAAACUGUCAGCAAAAUAUAAUCUGUGAUCUGGUUUACCCGAGGCGUACAAUACUUGACGAAAGUCUCGGGUCAGCCUUAUGGUUUGCAGUUAGAGGCCAAGAUGAUAAAAGUGUUUCACCGUGCAGGAUUGUUAUUGUAGGAUCUGGUGCUGAUGAAUUAUUUGGUGGCUACAUUAGGCACAGGAAUGCAUUAAAAAGGCAUGGUUGGGCUGGAUUAUCUAAAGAACUUUUACUAGAUUGGAAAAGAAUAUCAUUCAGAAAUUUAGCUCGUGAUAAUAGAGUUAUAUGUGAUCAUGGCAGACAGCCAAGAAUGCCAUAUCUGGAUGAAGAUUUUGUAAAUUAUGUUAUUAAACUCAAGCCUUGGCUAAGAUGUUUUCCUUCACAACAUCUAAAUGUGGGAAUUGGUGAUAAGCUCUUUUUACGACUUGUUGCUUAUCAAAUAGGACUGCUAAGUGCUUCUACUCUACCAAAACGAGCAAUACAAUUUGGCUCCAGAAUUGCCAACAACAAGCAAAAUGGAAGUGAUAUUUCAAAAAUAUUUAAAUAAUAACAGUACUUAUCCAUUAUUCCCUAU